GUCGAAUACACGUACAACUGUUACUGUACAUACUGUACAUGAAAGAGACGGGAAGCGGGAUGUCCGAAUAACAGUUGGGAUCGGGUCGUGGUCGCUGUGACGUCCGACAGCACGUGAAGGCAGCGCGCCUCAGCGCACACUUUGAAGUUCGAGUGACAGGUAGCGGGUCGGCCGCGCGCCGCUCCACGGACACGCGCCACGAACACGCUCCACGGACACGAACACGCUCCACGGACACGAACACGCUCCACGGACACGAACACGAACACGCUCCACGGACACGAACACGAACACGCUCCACGGACACGAACACGCUCCACGGACACGCUCCACGCGUCGUGCGGCCCCAGUUGGCGUCGCCUCUCCUCUCUCGCUGCCUGUUGGAGUCCGCACCGUGUCGGGCGGGAACAGAGGCUCCGAGCGGACCGGACCGGACCGGACCGGACGCGCCGCCGGUGUGAGAGGGGGACGCACGUGCGACAGAUGCUGCGACUCGGCGACGCAGGAAGACGGAGUGUGGAAACGGAUGUGCGACAGUGACGCGGGCUCCGCCGCGGGCUCUUCCCUCUCUUGGCCGUUCGACUCGUCCCUUUCCCCGCGACGCGUGAGAGCCGCGCGCCGCUUUGGAUUGAUUACGCGCCGCGCUGCGAGCGGAGAGCGACUCGUCGUCGUCGUCGUCCACCGCGAGGAGCCGCAGGAGGAGGCGGAGGAACGCGGCUGCUCCGAGGGGCCGACAUGGGGACUCAAGGCGCGGGACGGAAGCGGUCCACCAAGAAGGAGAGGUCGACGGCGGAGGACGAUGCCCUGAACCUCAUCGCCAGAGAGGCCGAGGCCAGGCUGGCAGCGAAGAGGGCGGCCAGGGCAGAAGCCAGAGAGAUCCGCAUGAAGGAGCUGGAGCGACAACAGAAAGAGAUCUUUCAGGUGCAGAAGAAGUACUAUGGCCUGAACACCAAACUUGAUGAGCGUGUGGACAACAGAUGGGGAGAUAUUGAACAAUGGAUGGAGGACAGUGAGCGAUACUCACGUUCUUCACAGAUAACCACGCUCUCGGAUGACGAUGAGCGGAUGUCAGUGGGAAGCCGGGGAAGCGUCAGGUCGGAUCUCGAUGCGGUCGGGGCUUAUGGUGGAGGGGACUCCUCACUAAAGAGGUCAAAGAAAAAGAAGAAACAUAAGCACAAAGAUAGGAACGGCUAUGAUGAUGAUUACAGUGUCCUGUCCAGCAGGAGCUCCAGACUCAGUGAUGAAAGCAGAGCGUCCCGCUCGUCCAGGACAGACCUGACGAGCCCCAGACUGAGUGAGGACAACCGAGUGUCUCGUGCCUCCAGAGUAGACCUUCAGCCGACCUCUUACUCUUCCUCUGACCUGUACGGUCUCAAUGGUCUGUCUUCCUCCAGAAACCCAGGCUCAACUUUCAAUGGUUACCAGCCUCUAGAGUACACUAGCUAUCGCAGCUCCGGCUCCAGAGCCUCCAGCAGGGCCGGGUCCGCCCGUGCCAGCCCAGUGGACAACUGCAGCUCUGUUGCCAGUUAUUUGAGGAGUGUGGCGAGCGGCGGCAGCGUCCUCACCCGGGACCUGGACGAUGUGACUAUUCCUGACUUUUCAGAUGUGGAGGACAGAGAUUAUCUUGAGAAGGGAUCUCGCGCAGGUUCCGCCUUAACUGCAGCAACGCUCACCUCCUCAGGCGGGACUUCCUCCCGGAGAGGAAGUGGGGAGACGGCGAUAACAGUGGACGCUGAGACCUCCAUACGAGAAAUCAAGGAGAUUCAUGAACUAAAGGAUCAGAUUCAGGAUGUGGAAACCAAGUACACGCAGAACCUAAAAGAAGUCAAGGAGACAUUAGCAGAAGUGGAGGAGAAGUAUCGUAAAGCCAUGGUGUCCAACGCCCAGCUGGACAACGAGAAAAACAACCUGAUGUAUCAGGUGGACACACUGAAGGACUCGCUCAUGGAGCUGGAGGAGCUGCUGUCCGAGUCGCGCCGAGGACACGAGGACAAGGUCAAGGAAUGCGAGCGAGAGAAAUAUGCCCACGGUGUCCUUCAGUUCCAGUUCAACGAGAUGAAAGAGACGCUCAAACAAAGUGAAGAGCUGCUGAGCGAGAUCCGUCAGCUGCGUAUGAAGCAGGACGGUUUUGUUAGAGAGAUCUCUGACCUGCAGGAGACAGUGGAGUGGAAGGAUAAAAAGAUCGGGGCCUUAGAGCGGCAGAAAGAAUACUCGGACGCCAUCCGCACUGAGCGAGAUGAGCUCAGAGAGGAGGUUGUGCAGCUCAAAGACAUUCUGAAGAAACAUGGAAUAGUGUUGGGACCCGACCUGAACAUCAACGGGGACGUCGGUGAAGCAGAAGUCGACGGGUUGCCGAGUGGAGACUCUGCUCGUCAACCAGCUCAGGACUCCCAGAGCCCCCCGGCGGAGGGGAACAGCAUGCUGGGCAACACAGAGGAGGCUCAGUUGAGAAGUAGCGGAGAGGAAGAGGUGGAUCCAGAUCACCGUCACGGAAUAGUGACCGAGGAAGUCGGAGCGAAUCAGUUGAGCUCUGAUGCACUCUGCGAUGACGAUGUGUCCACACUGGCGUCAUUGAGUGAAGAACAGCCGACAGACUUACUCAAAGAGGAAGAUGGCAUCGGAGAAAGUGGCCUGUGCAAGGACUUGAAUGUUGACAUUAUUGACCAUCCAAUAACAGAGGACAAAGAUUUAAUCUUUGUCAUACUUGAACCUCAAGAAAUGGUAACAAGUGCUAAGGAAAAUGUUCCAGAAACAGAAACACCCACGGGUGGACAUUUAGUACAGACAAGUGACCCAGAGGUAAGGGAGACAGAAACCAAAAGCAGUAAUUUUCACACACACAGUGGUGAUUUUAGACAAACAGGUAACAAGCAAGGAAACCAACAGGAAGAUGCCGAAGAGAGUAAUCUGAGGAAUGCAGAAUCACAUCCUCAGCAAAAAGUCCUCAAGGACAUUAUGAGAGAAGAUCUUCCUCCUGAGAUCAUCUCCGCUAUAUCAUACACUGAACUUCAGCAAGAGCCUGGGAAUGUUGAAGAAGCGGAGAACGACGAGGCCGAGGAAACACCCAAUAAGUCUCAGGGUUCUUCUGCCUCAGGGAAAAAGAAGAAAAAGAAGAGAAGAGGCAAAAAGAAAGGCAGCCAACAAAAAGAUGGAACAGAAAAAGAAAAGAGCAAAACAGGGGAAGAUGUAGAAUCAGCUAAAGGACAUAAAGGGUUAACAGAAGAACCUAUUAUUGACCAUUCUGUCACUGAAAUCGAAGAAUCAAAGACGGAUCAGUUUAAGACUGAGCAGGACAGGCAACACACUGAGGAAACAGAAGCAGCAGCAGCAGCAGCAGCAGAACCCACUGAAACUUUUAAAGAAUCAAAAAUGGAUCAUGUUACAAAUGUGCACGAUGAGGAACAAACUGGGGAAGCUGAGUCAGUAGAUGAAGAAAUAAUAGUGGUAGAGAGUGAAACCCUGUCUCACGUUGAAAUAAGAGAGGAUCAUGUUACGGAUGAACAGAACAAGGAUCAGAGUGAAACGGUAGAAAUGGUGCAGGAAGUUGCACCAACUGAAACGUUUCCUCAUGUUGAUACUGUGAAGGAAUUAGGAACAGAACCCAUAAAGAAUGAGCAGGACAAAGAACAAACGAUGGAAGCAGGGAAAUCAGAAGAGGGCCACCUCAGUGCAUGUGAUAGCACUGACACCUCCGACAGAACAGAUCACCUGGAACAAGAGCCAACAUCCAGUGUAGAUAACUCAGGUCAAAUCAUCCAUAGUGAGUCAGAAGUUGUUGAUGAUGUAGAGGAUGAAGUUGUGUCUGCUGACGAGACGAAACCUGAAUGCACAGCUGAUGAACCAGACAACAGUGGUGAGGAAAACACUGAAGCGGAAUCAGGUGUUCCUGCUAACGAAUCUGAAUCCAUAAACCAUCCUGAGGGCAAAGAACUCGCUUCAGCAUCGCCGUCCUACACCAAUGACGUCGGUCUCCAGAGCUCGUCUGACGCCGAGCCUCCGUCGGAGCCACCGAGACUCAGUGAUGAGACUCCGAUCAGGGUUCCUGACAAAGAUCCAGUGGAUCUGAAACGAGAAAAUGAGAAAAGUGCAUCAUUAACACAAAGCCCAGAUACAUUAGACACUGAGGAAAGCCUAUUGGAGACUGUUGUUGAACAUUUAGAGGAUGUUGGAAGCCAGACACUAGAGUGUGUGGAACAGACAGUGUUGGAAGCAGAGAUGAAUACCUUUGAUGAGGUAAACACACUAGAACCUCGGAAAGAUGCUACAGACGCUGGUUCCUCUUCUGAACAGGAGCUGGGCACAGAAGAACAUCCUGAACAUGGACUCAGUCCGAUUGAUCGGGACAGCGACGCGUCUCUUCAUGCCUUGGUUGAGCAAGUGCAUGAUCUCAGCAAAGACGAGGCAGAGGACCCCUCUGAACCCACCCAGCAAGGAGGCGAGGAAGAGGAGCACAGCGGAGAUGAGGAAGGGCAAUCUUUCGAUUUUGAUGAACUGGAUAUUGAGGCGGCUGUUGAAACCGCGGCCCCUAAAAAUCAAGAAGAGGAAAUAAUUGAGGAGGGAAUUGAAGUCUUGUCAGAUGAAAGCAACGACGGACGUUCCGAGCCAAAUGAAAACACACAAAACAAGCCCGCUGAAGGCAACGAGCAGGAGUCUGCGGUUCUUGAGUGUGACCAGGCAGAUGCACUGGACGAAGAGUCGGAGACGAUGCCUCAAGGCAAACAGAAGUCUUUGGCUCAGGAGGAAGCCACAGCGGACGGGGCGAGGCACGUCGCAGAGGAGGGACCGGUUUUGAGCGUUGAAGAGUUGGGUGUUGCAGAGGAGAUUAACCAGGCCACAUCUUUACCAGUUGAAGAAGGAUUAGACGCCAUGACGCACGAGGUGCAGGGUGACGAUUUGGUUUCACCAAUGAGUGCAGACAAAGUGGCCCGAAGCAAAGAGCCACCGAGUUCAGGGAAAGAUGUGAGGAAGACCAACAAGAAGGGCAAGAGCAAGGGCAAAGAGGAGUGUAAGAUGUCUUAGCUCACAGAUGGUACUGUAUAUACAUCUUUUACUAGUCUUCAUGCUUCGCUCUGAACAAAGUGCUCGAAUAAAUAUCUGUAGAACCUCACGGCACUCAAAUAAACAUUGGCAUGUACCUUACUUUUAAAAGUCCAAAGAGAUGAAGAUGCGAGGAAACGGUAGAUUUAGUUAUCGAUGCACGUUUAAAAUGCUGAUCGUAAUGUUUUGUGGGUCAUAAUGCGGCUCUGCAGUUGUAUCACAGAUCGUUCCUUCAUGUUUGUUUCACAGGUGCACAAAUGAUAAUUGCUUAUUCUCAUUAAAGGGGCUAAGUGUAAGUUUCUGCUGUCGCGACAUAGAUUAGCAUCAAUAGCUGUUUACUAAAUCGUCUAGAAGAAAUGCUGUGAGGUCAGCAUCCUACUCCAUUCAUUUGCUUACCACCCAGAGUUAAAAUGCUAAACCCCCGACUCGUCACUGCAGCAUCCAGUCUCUCUGUAACCUUUGGUCUCAUAGACCAACGACAUGUUCUGUCCAUAAUGUCAUGAAGGUCAAAACGAUCUGUUCACAGGAAUUCAUAAGGCUGUUGUUUGAUAUACAUAAAGUCAUGUCCAAGGCUCUGGAUUCAAGGGGCAUUAAUGAUUUGAUACAUGCACGUUUGCAUUUUGUUGCACUUAAUGGGAGAGAUGAAUGUGGUGCCUGAACAGUAAAAUGCCAAUAAAUCACCUGUUGAUACCAAAAUGAAA